CAAAGUGUCAACUGUAACGCGUCUAUUUACCAAACAAAAAUUGUUUUACUUUACAAUUUGGAAUAGAACAUAUAAAAAUGCUGUGAUCUCUUAACAAAUGUGAAAAACAUAAGUAAAUUUAUUGAAUAAUUCGUAACAACUAAACUUCGUAAGGCUCAAAAACAUAACCUAAAAGUGUAGUUGCAAAAUGUUUUCGAUUUGCCGGCAAACACACCCAGCCACCGGCGUGGAGCAUGCGGUGAAUUGCAGCUUCUUCAACAAUGACGAAACGUGCCUGGUAACUGCGGGGGCGAAUAUUAUCAAAGUCUUCCGACUUAUCCCUGAUGGUCACACCAAGGAAGUAAAUGCUGCCGGUCAACCAAUACCACCAAAGAUGAAGCUAGAGUGCCUAGCAACAUAUCCUCUGUGGGGUAUUGUAAUGUCUAUGGCGGCCGUGAAGUGUCCCAGUGCGGGAAGGGAUCUCUUAUUAGUGUCGUUUAGGGAAGCCAAGCUCUCCGUACUGCAGUAUGAUCCUCAAACUAACAAUCUCAUUACAUUAAGCAUGCAUUACUUUGAAGAGGAUGAUAUGAAGGGAGGCUGGACAACCCACCCUCACAUACCGUGGAUCAGAGUUGACCCAGAGUGCAGGUGUGCUGUAAUGUUACUGUAUGGCAAGAAGUUAGCUGUGCUGCCAUUCAGAAAGGAUAUUACGUCUGAAGAUGGUGAUCCAUUGGAGGCGAAACCAUUGAUGGAUAGUAAGAAUCCCAACCAAACAGUAGCGCGCGCGCCGACGCUCGCCUCUUACGUCAUCGUGCUCAAAGACCUGGAUGACAAGAUAGACAAUGUACUGGACAUACAGUUCCUGCACGGAUAUUACGAACCCACACUGCUAUUACUAUAUGAGCCAGUUAGGACAUUCCCUGGGCGGACAGCGGUCCGUAACGACACGUGCGCGAUGGCGGGCGUGAGUCUGAACAUGUCGGCGCGCGUGCACCCCGUCAUCUGGGCCACCGGCGGCCUGCCCUUCGACUGCAUACAGGCCGUGCCCGUCUCCAAACCACUCGGUGGUUGCCUCAUCUUAGCCGUUAACUCGAUGAUAUAUUUGAACCAGUCGGUGCCGCCUUAUGGCGUAUCUCUCAACAGUAUUGCAACGCACACCACAAACUUUCCCCUGAGGAUACAGGAAGGUUCCUGCGUGACGCUGGACGGCGCCCGCGUGGCCCCGCUCGGCGAGGGUCGGUUCGCGCUGUCCCUCCGCGGCGGGCAGCUGUACGUCGCCACGUUGUUAGCCGACUCCGUCAGGUCUGUGAGGAGUUUCCACCUGGACCGCGCUGCUGCUUCUGUGCUGACUUCUUGUAUGUGCGUGAUAGAAGAAGACUUCCUGUUCCUUGGCUCGCGUCUCGGCAACUCUCUACUCCUGCGGGUGUCAGAGAGGGAGAAUAGAAUGCUGUUCUCUGUAGACAAGCCUCUGGAAGCCACCGUGGACUUGACGGUUUCUGAAACAGAUCUAGAGAAAGAGCUCCAACCGCCCGCCCAAAAAGAUGUCCAGAAGGACGCCUCGGACCCUGCCGCUAAGAGACGCCGCCUCGACACCAUUAGCGACUGCGUGGCGUCCAACGUGAUAGAGAUAAGCGAUAAAGACGAACUUGAAGUGUACGGGAGUGAUAUCAGAACGUCCACUCAACUCACUAGCUAUGUGUUUGAGGUGUGCGACUCCCUGCUCAACAUCUGCCCCAUCGGUGACGUGUCUAUGGGCGAGCCACAGCUAGUGGCGGAGGACUCGCGCGCGGACUCUCCCCACAUAGAGCUGGUGGCGUGCAGCGGCCGCGGGAAGAACGGGGCCUUGACCGUGCUGCAGAGGUCUGUUAGACCUCAGCUUAUCACCGCAUUCAAUCUACCUGGCUGUAUCGACAUGUGGUCGGUGCUGGGCGAGUGUCCGGACGGGACGCGCGAGACGGAGGGCACGCACGCGUACCUCAUACUCACGCAGGAGGACUCCACCAUGGUGCUACAAACAGGGCAAGAGAUCAACGAGGUGGACAACUCCGGGUUCAUGACGAGCGCGCCGACAGUGUUCGCCGGCAACCUCGGCACCUCCAAGUUCAUGGUGCAGGUCACCACCGUCGCCAUCCGGCUCAUCAAGAACGGCGUGCAAAUCCAAUCCAUCCAGUUGGAGUGGACGGCUCAGUACGCGUCCACGGCGGACCCCUACCUGUGCGUGGUGUCCACGUGCGGGCGCGUCCUCGUGCUGGCGCUCAGGGAGUUCAAGUCCAAAGAUGGACAGGCGAGCGGGCGGCUGGCGCCCACGCGGCAGGCGAUCCCGGCGCGCCCCACCGUCCGCGCCGCCGCGCCCUUCAGAGACCUGGGCGGGCUGCUCGCCAACCAGGACGGCGCUACGGUGAAAGGAGAGUUCACGGGCAAAGUGAAAGGCAAGAACGUAAAGGCCGAAGGAUUCAAACCGGGAGCGAUCUACGAGCUGAACGAUGAAGAUGAACUGCUGUACGGAGGAGAUCAGACACCCGCGUCUAUGGCUAGCAUAAUGUUGGCGGAACAAUCUAAGAACCCCGGAGUGCCGCGGCGGAUGUCGCGCUGGUGGAAGAAGUAUCUCGCGGACGUGAAGCCUACCUACUGGCUGUUCUGCGUGAGGACCAACGGGAACCUGGAGAUAUACUCGUUGCCCGAGAUGAGGCUCAGUUUCCUCGUGAGAGAUGCUUGUGGGGGACACAGGAUUUUAGCCGACAGUCUUGAAUCAGUACCAAUACCAGCGAACCCCACGGAAGACGAGGACCUUAACGCUCCAUCAAACAACGCUGACGUGGAGAAGCUCAGGGAGUUGUGCGUGGUGGGAUUGGGGCACAAGGGGUCCAGGGUGCUGAUGAUAAUGCGCUGCGACGACCAAAUCAUGUUCUAUCAGGCCUACAAAUAUCCCCGCGGCAAUCUCAAGAUCCGUUUCUCCCGUCUGAACCUGCUGUUCCCGUUCGGGUACAUCCCUAGCGUUGUGGACACUUCGGAAGACGGGCACGAAGUCGCAACGCUCAAGGAGAACGUGCGGCAGAUUAGAUAUUUCAACAACGUGUGCGGCUGGUCGGGCGUGGCGCUGUGCGGCCGCUCGCCCGCGCUGCUGCUGCUGUCGGCGCGCGGCGAGGCGCGCCUGCACGCGCUGCACGACGCCGCCGCGCUGCACGCCUUCGCGCCCUUCAACAACGACAACUGCCCGCACGGACUGCUCUACUACAACUCCAAGUCAGAGCUUCGUAUCUGCACACUGCCAACGCACUUGUCGUACGACGCGUGGUGGCCCGUCCGCAAGGUGCCCAUACGUAUGACGCCGCACUUCGUCACAUUCCACUUGGAGUCCAAGACGUACUGCCUCGUGGCUUCCGUACAGCAGCCUACGACAUCGUACUAUAAGUUCAAUGGGGAGGAUAAGGAGAAGUCGACUGAGAAUAAAGGAGAUAGAUUCCCAUACCCGAUGCAGGAUCGUUUCUCGGUGAUGCUGUUCUCUCCCGUCUCCUGGGAGAUCAUCCCGAACACCAAGAUAGAGCUUGACGAAUGGGAACACGUCACUUGCUUGAAAAACGUCUCGCUGUCGUAUGAAGGAACCAGAUCCGGGCUGAGAGGAUACAUCGCGAUAGGAACAAACUACAACUACAGCGAAGACAUCACGUCUAGAGGGAGGAUAAUAAUAUACGACAUAAUUGACGUGGUACCGGAACCUGGUCAACCGCUAACCAAGAACCGUUUCAAAGAGAUCUACGCGAAGGAACAGAAGGGUCCGGUGACGGCGCUCACGCAAGUGCUGGGGUACCUCAUAUCCGCCGUGGGACAAAAGAUAUACAUAUGGCAACUCAAAGACAACGACCUAGUGGGCGUGGCGUUCAUAGACACGCAGAUCUACGUACACCGCAUGCUGGCCAUAAAGAACCUGAUCUUAGUGGCGGACGUGUACAAGUCCAUCUCUCUGCUGCGGUAUCAGGCGAAACACAGGACUCUGUCUCUUGUCUCCAGGGAUUUGAGGUUUGCGCAGAUAUAUGAGAUGGAGUUUAUGGUGGACAACACGAGUUUAGGGUUCCUAGUCAGCGAGGCGGAGGGCAACUUCGCCCUUUUCAUGUACCAACCGCAAGCCAGAGAGAGCUAUGGAGGCCAGCGUCUGAUCCGCAAGAGCGACUUCCACCUGGGCCAGCAGGUGCACGCCAUGUUCCGCAUCAACGCGAGGCAGGUGCCCAACGCGAACCAUCGGAAACACGUCACCAUGUAUACGACGCUAGAUGGCGGUAUAGGCUACGUGCUUCCCAUUACUGAAAAGAUGUACCGACGGCUGCUGAUGUUGCAAAACGUUAUGAACAACUAUUGCUGUCACAUCGCCGGACUCAACCCGAGGGCGUUUAGGACGUACAAGACUAGCCGGCGGGGCGUGUGCGGCGGCGCGGCUCGCGGCGUGCUGGACGGCGACCUGGUCGCGCUGUACGCCACCAUGCCCAACUACGAGAAACUGGACAUUGCAAAAAAAUCGGCACAAGAGUCGAAGAGAUCAUGGCGGACCUGUGCGAGAUAGACAGACUGACUGCUCAUUUUAAUUUAGUUCCCCAAAGGCUGAUACAGUAGUGUUAAAUGGGGUGAAUAGGUAUAAAUGGGUGGAAAAGAUAUUAUUUAAUUAUUUAUUUAAUUAAUUGCAGAUAUACUAAACAAGUAACAUUAUAAAUUGGCAAUAAUUAAAUGUUAAAUGCGUGGAAUAAUCCUAAUUAGUGGUCGAAAUUGAUAAAAUUAACAUGUGGCAGAUGGUGAAAUUUUCCCAAAGGUAACCCGACAGAAUAUAUAAGGGGUUGUCCUUUAAUCACGAUGUUUUAGUGACUUUAUUUUAACCUUUUUGAAUAUUCUUGAAAUACAGGUAUGAUUAUACCAAUAAUGAUGAAAUUUUCGAAAAUUAAACAUUGUUUUAGGUUGUCGCGAAGCGCGGGGAAAUUGUUGCUAGGCAACGGUGAGUCAAAGCGCACGCGCCGCUUUUUGGUUUAGAAAUCGCGCGAUCAACGAAUAAUAAAUACACGUGAUUUCUCAUUACCCCCCCCCCCCCUGUGAUAUUUCGUGAUUUUAUUUCCGAACCCCUUCCCCCUCCUCCCUUUCGAGCCACAUGUGAUUUACGGACGACUCCUAAGCACUAAUAAUAUGCAUAAUGCAGUCUGCAAAUAGUUCAAAUGAUCAUAAGAUUUUACAUUAAUUACGAAAGGGAAGCCUACAGAAAGCAAAAAAACUUUGCCUCUUUUAUACAUCAUUUAAUUUUUCUGCUCUCCUCUGAAUUUAAUCGUGCCAAAUCCACACUCAUUACAUGUAAUCUGCUUAAAAAGGAGGGCAAAUUUUUUUUUCACGUAUUAACAUAGACCAUAAGUUAUAUCUGGUUUCACCUCUUAACACUAUUCACCUUAUUUAACUUGAUAGAUAGUAACAGAACGGCAAAGUAUUUUUUAUGCAAAAACAUAUCUUAUCUUAAUAACCUUAGGGCUGAAUGUUCAGUCAUCAGAUACAAGUAAACUUUAAUCCAAUGGAAUAUAAAAGUAUUGAACAAUUUUAUUCCUUAAGGUUAUUGUUGGUGGUAGAAUAUUUUAUAUCCGCAGAUAGCGACUACUGUACACAAGGUGUUAAACUUCGCCAUAGUGGCUCACGCAAGUGUGUCGCGUUCCGGGGUCAGUCUGUGUAUAUACAGUUCUAACAGGCCGGCAUAACUGUGUCGACUGUCGAGGGGUAAUCAUCUCUCGUCAGUCGACAUUCUUUUGGACCACACUCCACUUACUAUCAGGCGCAGCGUCCCUGCCGCGCAUGUUUUAAAUAAGUUGUAAUUUUUGUUUUGUUUUAUUUUUUAAUAACUUUUAUCUGAUGAUUGAAAAGUCUUUGAUGUUUUAUUUUAAUGAAAGUUGUCAGCAACUAGUGAUGACGUUCGGUUUGUAUGUUAACAGUAUUCAUUUAAUAUGAACUCUAAGAUUAUUGCUAUAAGGUUUAUGAUAAAAAUUGCUUUGCCGUCCUGUCCUUUCACUGAAAAUCAGGCUUUAUUUUUAUGUAAAUAAAUUUCGAAUUUA